AUGGAGGAAUACGUUAAAAUACUGCAAGAAAUGAUUCUUGAUGAUGACUUUAUAGUCAUAAAAUUUUUCAGGAGAAUUGAUUGCGCAUUUUCUCAAAAGGAUCAGGCAAAAGAAUGUUUUCGAGAGGCAUUAAAAAUCCUUGCCUCAAAGGAUGAUGAGUACUCGCGAAAGGCUAAAAACCUUCUAGGUAACUUUGAUAAUUACACGAACUCCUAUUCUGUAAGGCAAUAUUGGGACGGCCUCAAAAUACGUGAAGAACGAGACAAAACACGCACUGAUCAAUUUCUUUUAGAAGAAAAAAAGGAACAACAUCUUUGUCUCAUUGACUCUAAUGUGAUUACCGAGCAUAACCAAUCAAGCAAUAGAUUAACGUUAGAAUCAUCAGAAUCAUCAGAAUCAGACGUAUCAGCCACGUCCAAACAAAAUCGGUAUACUUUGAGGCGAAAAAGAAGCCUAGAUAUUGAUGAAGAACAAAUUAUGAAAAAGGUUAAUCGUGGUUAUGACACUACACCAUGCCCACGUAGUCCAGAUUCGUGUCUUCCAAGAAACAAUUCCGGUAACGAUGAACCUGUUGAUAUUAUCGUAAUCUCUGAUGAUGAACCUACUGACGAUAAAGCUACUAACGAUGAAGCUACUGACGAUGAAGCUACUGACGAUGAAGCUACUGAUGAUAAAGCUAAAGAUUACAGGAUAAAAAGCAAAGAUCAAUGGAAAGUUGGUAAUAUUGAUGUCACGGAAAAGUUUAGACAAUAUCAACAUAACCUUCUGCACGAUGUAAAAUACGGUAUUAAAGUUUUAACAUGGAAGGAUAUUUUUGAUGUAUUAGCCUUGGGAUCAAUCAUUGUUCUCGAUUGGCCCUGCCCGUAUAAUGUUUUUUCAUCUGACGAAUGGCUUGCAAUAACAAAUAAUAAUCCUUUUAAAUUGACAGAGCCGGUGUUAAAUAAUAAUUUAACAUCGUUAUUAUACGAUGCAACUUCUAAAGCAUCAUUAGGAUUAACAACCAACUUUAGAAAUACAAAUUGUAACGAUAGACAUAGCCAAUUAGCUAAACGAAUUUUUUGUGACUUAGUUGACGAUGUUCCAGUUAUAGUUCCACGCAGAACAUCCGAAGACGAACAUAGGUUUCAAUUCCUAGAUCCAUUCCUUAAACCUAUAUUUGGUGGACCAUAUAAAAACUAUAAUCUGAGAUUUAAUCGUAUUGUCUAUGGGACCCAAAAGAGACCAGACUUUUCUUGCAUUGUAGACGAAGUACCAAUUCUCAACUCGGAGGUAAAACCAAUUGGAUACACACGACUACAAAAAGAUAAGGAUUACAUUAAAGUAAAUCUUCGGGCAAAAAAGACAAUAAAUAUUUUAAUCAAGAAUGGAGGCGUCACUGAUCAAACGGCAUUUUUAUUAACAUGGGUAUAUAUCAUGAAAUUUUCUAUCAUUUAUUUUCGUUAUAUUCACAAUCGUUCAUUUGAAAUUUUAGGUAAAACCGUAGAAUCAUUCAUCAUGGAUCUUGAGUAUGAAGGCAUAUACCGAUCCUGGCCUUUUCUGAAAAGUGAUCUCGUAAUCGAUAGACAGACACUUCCUCUUCUUACUUCAACGUUUUCUCACUUUGUCGCUUUAGAGAGGCAUGUCAAUAGUCUGGCGAGAGAUUAUAAAGGUCGACCACGGUCAUCAAAACCAGUAAAGAAAGAUAAAUUUAUUAGAGAUCUACCUGAUUCUCCUCAAUUGAAACGGCUAUUAAAAUGA